AUGGCAGCUAGUCCUCCUUCCGCCGAGCGUAAUGUCACCGGAGUUCCAACGCGAGUCCGUCGAAGUAGCAAGUUUCAAUCUCCAAUUUCCUGUUCUCGAAUCCUCGCACAACGCUCGACACCGCUGCCCACGAGCGAAGCUCAGCAUACCAUAACGAAACGCGGCGACGGCAGGCACUUCCACCUCGAAUGCGAGCGCGAUAAGCGUCGUCGUCCAAGAUCUGUUAAAUAUGAAAAUCCAAAACUUCUCCAACCAGAAGGACCAGAAGAAAGACCUGUCCGGAAGAAAAGAGCGAACGAUACCCAACCAGGCCGAAGAACUUCCCUCCCUCCCUCCGACUAUCGGACGAAGUGUGCACGAAGGCUGAGUUCGGCAAAUCCACGCGCCACCCGAUUACUCAUUACCCUAAAGAACGAUAUCGAGCGAGAAAAAACACGACUCGGUAAAACGCAAUCACCCCCGAAGCUUCCCUCCCUCGCGGCUGCCUGCGUGCCUGCGUCGUGCCCUUCUCGUCCUGCUUCCUCGCCAGCAGCACCAACAUUCUCCUGCGUCCCACGCCGAAUCCCGACGACGACGACGACAACGAAAGCCGAUUCCUCAGAGAUGUCACGCUUCGAGAGCCCCCGCCCAGGCCCUGGUCGUCGACGCACUUCCCGUUUCUCGCCUUCUCCUCCCCUACCAGCCGCAGCCCCUGCCCCAGCGCCUCUACUAUGUGCCCUCUCCAGCCCCAGCCCCAGCCCCCAAGCCCGAAGCCCGGCUCGCUCCUGCCCGGCCUCUUUGGUGCUAGCAGGAAGGUACAUCCGAAGCAAUGUUCUCCCCCGCUUCCCCCCAACGGUCUCUUCGGCUAAAGCCCGUUACCGCACCCCAUCGACACCCUUCAACGCGUUCGUUCCUAGCCCCUCGCGAAAAUUGGUUCUGCGUGCGGCUUUUGAUUUGUUUAGAUUUGCUCACUGGUCGCGAAUGGGUGGAGGAAAACGAAAGCACAUGGCCCCGUCCAUUUUGUCGUUCUUUACCUUCACACGUUUAGCGCUCGAUGAUGAAUUGAGAGUGGGGCUCGAAAGUGGAAGGGCGAGAGAAGAAGGGAGCAAAAAUUGGAUCGAGUGA